AUGCCCUCGACUGCCCCCGUGCAUCGGCCCAAACAGUCCAAGAUCAAAAACCAGGAGCCCAUCAGCUAUGACAUCAACAUCCCAUAUGUCAAUGUAGACAAGAAGUCCAAAAUCACCACCAAAUACCCCCAAUACCUCCCCUCCUGGGAUCCCGUCUGGUUCGAUCCCCUGCAACCCUUCGACUAUGAAGACCCAGCCCUGCGGGUCCGCAACAAAACAAAGCCCAACCUGCUGCCUCCUACCGCCAAAGUCAACCAUAUCCAGCCCAAUCUAGGCACAAUCAUUGAGAAUGUCCAGCUCUCAGACCUCAAUGCCGCCGGAAGAGAUGAACUCGCCCUCCUCAUCGCAGAGCGCAAGGUCGUCGCCUUCCCAGACCAAGAUCUCAUCGAUGCCGGCCCAGACGCCCAGGAAGCCUUCAUGCGUCACUUUGGAAAACCAAACUACCAGCCCGUCUCGGGCUCCAUGACCGACCAUCCGGCGUUCCACAUCAUCCACCGCGACGGCAACAGGGAGGAAAUCGCCCGGUUCCUCGAACAGCGCACCACCACCACCCUCUGGCACCAGGACGUCAGCUACGAAAUCCAGCCUCCGGGCUAUGUCAUGCUCGGCCUGCUGCAGGGCCCCGAGGUCGGCGGUGAUACCGUCUUCGCUGCGACGGAUCUGGCCUACAAGCGCCUUUCCCCCGCUGUCACGGCUUUCCUGGAUGGAUUGAAGGCCACGCAUUCCUCGUCCAAGAUGAUUGCUCAUGCCCGCAUGACCGGGGGGUUGGUCAGGAAGGAUCCCGUCGAUACCGUCCACCCGCUUAUCCGGGUCCACCCCGUGACCGGGGAAAAGUGUCUGUUCUUGAAUGGGGAGUUCAUCAAUCGCAUUCACGGUCUCAAGGAUUCGGAGACGAAAUGGGUCUUGGACUUCCUGAUGAAUCACCUCGUGACGGGGCAUGAUUUCCAGGUGCGCGUGCGCUGGCAGCCUCGGACGAUUGUUAUGUUUGAUAAUCGCUCGACCAUUCACUCGGCGAUUGUGGACUACUUGGAUGACGAUUACGGUGCUAAGGCUCGUCAUAUCUUCCGUCUCAUUGCACUAGGCGAGAAGCCUAUUCCUGUGUACGAGGAGGAAGAAGAGGAAUUCGAAUAG